AGCAAGACAAGGUCGCCGGCGGGGCAGGCUGCUAUAUAUUGAGCCGCGGGUAGCAAUCGCGAUCAGUAGUUUGCCUCCUCAGCUCGUGAAACCAUGAGAGUUCUGACUGUCAUCGCUCUGGGUCUGAUCGCCCUGGCCGCCGCCCGACCCUCUGACAUCAUCGACUUCGAGGAGGACCACAUGGAGCACGAGCAGGAGGGCGUGCCAGGAACGGCCGUGGAGGGCGAGUACUCGUGGGUAGCGCCCGACGGGAACGAGUACUACGUCAAGUACGUCGCCGACCGUUUCGGUUACCGCAUCGUCGAGGACAACGUUCUGCCAGAGUUCCGUGACGCCAAACCUGACGGUGAAAUGGCCGAGGACGAUGACGACGACGACGCUGCUGAAUUCCGUGCUGAUGAGGACGAGGAGGACGAUGACUAAACGAAAUAUAAUGUAAAAUAUAUUACGAAAUUACUUCCAUGUAAAAUACAGGAGGAAUAAAAACUUACUUUAA